GGUAUUUUUGUCCAAACCUAUUUCAAAUUAAAAGAGCAGAGAAACCAUCUUCUCAACUUUCUGGCCCUAAAUCCUCCACCGCCGCUUCUCCGCCGAACUUUUCCGGUCGCCACCACUCCUCUGUUUCACUCUCCGACACUCCAUCCUUCUUUCAAUCCGUCAAUUCUCACACUCUCUGUUCUUCGCUAAUGGAACUUGCAGAGGCAUCGUCGCCAUGGCUAGCUACCGGAAGUAAUUGUUGGUUUUCUACAUUCCAACUCUUUAUCUUCCCCCAACAAAUAACAAGAUGCUACCGUCCGGCAACCAACUCAAAGUCGCCGACGUACUACCACCAUCCAUGGCGACAUACUCUAAGCAAUAUUUGUGAAGAUCAUAAGAUGUGGUUGAUCUUAUGUGGGCUUAUGGAAAGGGAGCAUGUGAUUAACAUGUGGAAGGUAAAUAUUGGAUGGAGUGAAGACGGGUGUGGGUGGUCGCUUGACCCGUCUGGGGAAUAUACAGUUCGUAGCCUAAAGUCACAACUAGAAAUGGUUUGGUUCGAUGACAAGGGGAUAAACUUCUCUUGGAAUAACUGGAUCCCGGCUAAGGUCAAAGACCUCAUAAAAGGGAGGAAAGUGCUCAGGGAUUUGAGAAAGUCAAAAAAGGUGGUCUAUUGUGUGGUAUAAAUGGCAAUCUGGAUUAUUUGGAAGACUCGAAACGUGAAGGUGUUUAAUCACAAGGAUCCAUGAUUCGUGCAUAACAGAGGAGAUUGGGCACUUUAGGUUUUUAUGGAUUAAGAGUGGAGCCAAGGCGAGGGUAUUGACAUGGGAAUAAUGGUGCCGUUUUGAUCUAUCUAAUAUGAUUACUUAAUCUCGUUGUAAUGUACAUUUGGUGUGGGCUAACUAGUUUUUAGUCCUUGUUAUCAAUAAAAGUUUGUUGGCUAUUAAAACAAAA